GUUCUAAAUGAAAUGUGGCAAAGGUGCGCUGUCAAACUUUUGACACAAUAUACAUAUAUAAAAAUACAAUUAUACCUCAACCUUUAAAUUGUUUGGAAUUCUUACAAUAACAUGAACCAAAACGACAAAAUUAUGGACGAUAGUUCGAGUAUAACAUUGGGGCAACCACUCAGCGAUUUCCUACUACAGCUUGAGGACUACAAUCCAACGAUACCAGAUGCAGUUACGGCGUAUUUUCUGCGUACAUCUGGGUUUGAGCCAAAAGAUCCGAGACUUUUACGUUUGAUAUCCAUUGCAGCCCAAAAAUUUAUAUCAGACAUUGCCAAUGAUGCAUUACAACAUUGUAAAAUGAGGUCCAGCAAUUCAUCAAGCAGUCAUGGAAGCUCAAAGAAUUCCAAAGGAUCUAAAGACAGAAGAUAUUGCUUGACUAUGGAGGACUUGACACCAGCUUUGGCUGAAUUUGGCAUUAGCAUCAAAAAGCCCCAAUAUUAUGUUUAAAUUUAUAUUUUUUUACAUUUUUAAUUCUUCUUAAACUUGAAGAUGGGUACCUAAACUAUUUUGUUUUUCUGAAAUCACAUUUAAUUUACACAAAAUCAAGAUUUAUUUGGUUAUGGCAAUACUUUAUUUUGUUUAUACCAAUUUUUCAUGUUUUAUAUUGAAACAUGAAACUCUCAAUGUAAUUUUUAUACAAUUUACUUUUAUUCUUUUUUAUACAUUUGAUUUUAAUGUUCAUAUUUAUUGUGAUAUUGUAAAUCUUUAUGGUAUAUUAUACAUUAUGUUCAUUUUACAAAUUAUGAUUUUUUAACAUGAUAAUUCAAUCCUUAACUGUGUGUAUUAUGGUUGUUGGAUAGAUGUCUAAUAUAAACUCAAUUUACAUAAAUACAAUAUUUUAUUAAAUUUAUUGCUGUUCAUCUACAAACUUCUGUAAUAAAGCAUUAGCUAGUGGAACCAUUAAAUAUUCAGAACCAUCAUAA